CUCGAGUACAGAGUACAAGAGUUACGCUACCUUUCUCGUGCUUUCUCUCAUCAAAUUCAGUCACUCCGCAAGGUCAGAUGAAGGACAAUACUGCCAAGCUUCACUACCAUUGAUUUCCCCCGCUUCGUAUCAUCGUCAAGGACAUCCUUCGUGAACUGUCUACUAAAAUCGUUGCCCACAAGUCAAAAAGCGCAAAAGCGAUCAUGGCUAUCCUUGUCAUCAGCCGGUUUGUCUCAGUCGACUGAAAGCCUGAUCUGCUCCACGGCCUCCCGAUAUCAACGCAACGCAGCCAGAGGAUAAGAUGCCUGGUGACAGUGAAUAUUCUAACUCGGAAGAACCCUUGGGCGCUGACGCAUCCGAUAAUAACGAGCCGCCCACUCAACUUCGACGUCAGGUUUCGCUUUACGAUGCAGUCGCAGGACGGGUUGGGCAGCAGGGUUUCUUAACCGUAGAACAACUGCGUUCAUCCACAUUGUUACCUGUUGCCCCCGAAGAUUACUUGUUGCGGCAAACAAGAACACCUGCAGAGAUAUUCGAGGCCGAUCAUGACGCUGGAGGCGAACUCGCUGCGGCCAGAAAGCUACCAGAGUCAGAAAUGCUAAAAGCCAUUCACACCUACGCAUCCGAUCUCUACAACUCGGCUACGAUGAACCAAGGAAGAUAUGACUUCCGAUCUUUGGACGAAACAGCACUCAUUGCUGUGGGCAUCCUGCUCGAGGAAGCAGUGAAGGAGGCUUUGGGCGAGACUGGGGACAUGGUAUUUGUGGAGCCGGAAGGCCUUGAAAAAGGAUUGGGAGAGACCACAAUGACUCGACAUCAGAUCAAGGGCAGAGUGCAACCAAGGGCCAGGGCCAUUGAGGUACCAGAAGAGGAGGACAUAGACCAAGAUGAAUCACCAGCCAAACGACCACGGCACUGAGAGUCAUGGACAUGAUCCCUUCGAAUCGAUUGAGCCGAUCGUGAUGACAUCCCUUGUCGUGUGCUGUCACUAGCAGGAGCAAAACCCGUGGACAGGUCCGAGGCACCGAAGUUGUACAGAUGCUGGACCAGAUCUCCCGCGGCGAUCCGAAUCAUUGUUCACAUAUGGAAAGCUUGACAUCACGAAGCUUCAGCGACCUUGUGCUUGUCACGCUUGCAGAAUUUUCGGAGAUGUGGUUCGAUGUAUACAUACUGUGCAUCCUAAGUGUAAGGCAUGGAAUGCACUUGAUUGGACUGAAGUGAUGAGAAAAAGUGGCCUGAGGUGGAGUGAUGGUGCCCGUCGCGUCAGGAAAAUGGGUGCCGGAAGCAGAUGUCGCUGCAAGAGAGGGAGAAAAGAAAACAACCAGGGGGUGUCGAUUGGCCAAAAUCUCGGGUACCGAAGACAGAGUUAUCGAAUGACAGCUGCUGGUGGCUGCUCCCAAAGAUGGCCGCCUAUCGCAAGUCACAGGCUGGCCUAUGGCGCCUACGCGGUGGCCUGGAGGAAUAAACUCUCGCCGAAAGAACCUGCCCUUCACGGCCUUCUCCACCAAAGUCUUCGGGGUGUCAGGCCCGCAAGAUUCAAUUAUUUCAG